AUGAUCGGAUACGCUUGCAAUCAGCCCAGUUUGUAUCAAUCGUGUGGAUGUCGGAGCUUCUGCCAGUAUGUUUUUUUCGAAUGUUAGGAGACAAUAUUCCAUCAAAACUCAAUUCAGACCGUACCUGAACCCCGAGUUUCGUCAAUCUGGGUGUGGUGGGCAGUGCAGGCAAGAUCCGUGUGAGGAAGAAAAUGAAUGUGGAAAGAAAAAGAGAAGGAAGAACAAGAAAAAGAAGAACAAGAAGAAGAAGUUCAGAUUUUCGGAGGAAGAGGAAGAGCCGGGCAAGUUCAAAUAAAUCUUUCUCCCGAACUGUUCGCAUUUCAGUGGCAUCGAAGAAAACCUCAACACACGACGACGACGACGAUGAGUUCCCGUUGCCUCCGAAUUCGGAAGAGGUUGCCGAAGCGUCAAAGAAUUCGAAAACGCAGAUGGGUGGAAAGGAGUGGGAGGACGAGGACACGUGGCAGAGCAAGUUUGUGAGCAAAACGACAACGACGGCGGCGCCUGCGCAGAGCAGCGGUGCAGGGCUCGCAGGACUCGGACUCGGCAACGGAGGCCUGUUCGGAAUAAGCAGUGGAGUGGGAGUCGGAGUGCCGGGAGUGGGUCCGAUUGGAGUGGGGUCCGGGCUCGGAAUCGGGAAGUGACCAAAGAAUUCGUGUUUCAGUCUUUUACCAUAUUAUAUGAAGUAUUUAGUUCUUUUCAAACACUGUUCGUCCAAAUUGUCACUGAACUGUCAUUCGAUUUGUCGAGUCUCAGGAAUUCCUGAUUAAAGAUUGUACGUGAUGAACUGGCGUGGCUUCGCGACCACGGACAUUCUUUGUCCAUUCCAAUUUCCCAGCCAUUUCUGAAGAUGCAACAGUCUUCCACCACCAUCACAACCGCCGUGCUCUCAGCCGAUCGCGAGCGAGAGGAGCUCGAGCAGCCGGAGCAGCUCGUCCUCCGUCUCCGUCCGCCAGCCAGUCCUCCCCAUGUCACCUGGGCGAGUGAUGUCGUCGGUUUGUAUCGAGAUCAUACAGCUCUCAUUCGAGCAUUCAGACAAUGAGCACCUGGGUCGUCUGAAAUCGAACUGCUGCUGCAUCUACGUGGCGCCUCGCCGCUGGGACGAUCCGUCCACAUGGGAGCAGGAUGAGCACGAGACGGAGCACUGCAGAGGACAUACGCUUCCGGAGAAGAAGAAGAAGAAGGAGGGAGAUCAAGAUGAGAACGAGGAAAGAGGAGAAGCGAACGGAUGCGGAUGCGAUCACUGCUAG